AUGCAAUUGGUCUCAGCUUCUAUGGGGCCUUUGUCCCCCUUCUUGUGGGAUUCCCCACACGCCAAGUUGGUUCCACCAGGCUUUACACCCGGCACAGUUGCGGAUGCGAUGCUGCACAUCAGUGAUUUAACUCUUCGUUUUGAUGUGCUUGCAAAGGCUAUUGAUUAUUCUGUUCAUCCUGUUCGACGAGCGAUGGAAACGCAUGCUUUGCACACUCGAAUGUUACACAAACGUCAAUUUGAUGUGAUGCGAUAUGGGAUGGUACUUGAUGAAGUGGAACGACUUGUUUUGGUGCCAAUGCCGCGUCUUUGUGGUGAUACUGGAAUGAAAGUUUCUCAAGAAUAUGCGGCUAUAUUUGGUGGUGAUUUUAAUGAAUCACCAUCUGCCUGGCAUCCUAUUCUACCUGAAUAUUGCUUUAUUGUGUAUCAAUUACCGAAGGAAUGUGAUAGUAAAGAUUCUUUUCCUGUACCAAUUUUCCGACUGGUUUUUCGAAAUGAAGCGUUUAAUGAAAAUAUAAAAAUGCAUCUUGUGGAGAAGUUUCCACUUUUUCGUUUACGUUCUGUAUAUGUGUCACAGUCAAAAUAUUACUCAUUUCAACAUCAACUUGAAUUAUAUGCUAAGGCUUCAAGUUCAAGUGAACAUUUACCAGAUCGUGCACUGGAAGGAACUCUUGGAUUAUCACCUCUACGAUGGAUCUUUGAUGCAUGGUUGCUGGUAUUGGAAGGUAUUGCACCUAGUUGGGUUAUUGAUAAAGGUGUUGGACCUGAUAUUGUUACCUUAUUUCUUGCCUCACAUCGUGCAGAGGGAAAAUAUGAUGUAAAGGAAACUCUUGAAGUAUAUUCAGAAUAUCCUGUGGAUAACCGUGUACGAUGCUCAUAUUAUACAUCUGGAGAUCGGAUGCGUAAACGUAUUCAAGUCAUGAGACGAUAUCCUGAUAUGAUUAAUAAAUGGCGACAAGGAUCAUAUGAUGUUCGUUAUUUCUCUGAGGAAGUUACUACUUCAGAACCUUCUGUGGAUGUGGCACAGUGUAUUCGUAUAUUACUUUGUCGAAGAAAACCUGGAAAUAAUUAUAUUGAAGAUGAUGAAAUUGCUGCUUUUAUACCAGAUGAUAAAGAGUCUGAACCAUUGCAAGUGUACAAUACAUUGGCAGCAGAAAGAUUACGUUUGUGGGUUUUAAAAGGUUUACUCACCGCUGAACUUCAUGGGGUUCACUCUUUGAUCCUUGAAUUUGAUACAACUAUGGUGGUAGCCAAAUGUGUGGGACUUCUUUGGGGUGGUGGUGAGGAAAGUCGACAACGAGAAGUUGUAUUUCAUGUCUGCAAAAUUAUUGUAGAAACAGUGGAAGAUUUUGUACAACACAGUGGUAUUAUUUGGCAGGCUACUAUUGUGGCUUCUGGUGAAGACUCACACAAGGCGGUUGAACUUUGCCGGGAUAUACUGGAGAUUACGCAGAUGGCAAAGACUCGUGUUGAGAUUGAGGAACGCCGACGUGUAGCAGCAGCCGCUACAAUGACAGCAGAUAAGGAAGGACCGGCAACCCCCUCUGAUAGUGGUGUGACUGUACCGGAGGGAGAAGAAGAAGAUGUAACCAAAGAAACGCUGGAGGGAAAGAAAAAAGGAAUAAGUGAAAAGAAAGGUGCACUCACCGUGCAGACAACAACUACAUUACCGACAGGGCCAUUGGUGGUUAACGUGGGUGGUGGAAACACUGUUCAAAUUCCCCCGUUCACCGCAACCGCGCACUUAUCAGAAAAUAUACGGGAAGGAGCCGCCCUUUGUGGUGUGCGGAUUCUCGACGCGGAGUUGUAUCCCAUCUUUCUCGCUCUCUCCGGUGGUGGAGAAACGGUUCCCAUUCGUGACGUUGUACAGUUGAUACUUGAAAAACAGCUCGAGACAACGGAGGGGUGUUGCAGUAGACCCAGCAGCAACACACGACUUUUAUGGCCUCAUGAUCAUCCUAUUUGCCCUAUGGAUAACUGCGGUGUGCCGUAUGAUGAGAACACCCUGACAGACUUUGUGAAGAGCUUUCAGAGACGACCAUAUCGUGCGCAGGAAAGAGAUUUCAGGGCCACCAUACAAGGCACCGUUGGCGAUGUACCAGAGUCUUUAAAUUAUGUUGAGUUUUCCAUGAUGAUGCUUGCCAUUGCACGGCAGUAG